AUGCGAAGUGGUUGGAGUUCGUGGAAAUCUUUCCCUUACGUCAUCAAAUACAAGAAGGGAAAAGAAAAUGUUUUGGCCGAUGCUUUGUCAAGGAGACACGCUCUCAUCACUACUAUGGACGCUCAUGUGUUGGGUUUUGAAAGCAUCAAGGAUGCAUAUGCUGGAGACGCUGAGUUUGGAGAAUGUUUCCAGAACCAUGGGAAGGGAAUUUACACCGAAUUCUAUCUUCAUGAGGGUUUUCUGUUCAGAGGGCGACGACUGUGUAUACCAAAUGGUUCUAUCCAGGAGUUGCUUGUUCGUGAAGCUCAUAGCGGAGGUUUGUCAGGUCCCUUCGGCAUCACUAAGACGCUGGCCGUGCUUCAAGAGCAUUUCUAUUGGCCGAAGAUGCGCAGUAUGGUGGAGAACCAUUGUGGUCGUUGCAUUGUGUGUUGA